AAGUUUUUCCAUUUGACUAUGGCUUUUUUUGGUGUGGUUACUGGUGUUUCAAUGACAAAGGUUUUGAAGGGUAUCAUCACAUUGUUUUUGAUCUUUAUGUAUCUUGUAGAUUUGAAAAGCCAUGGGGUGGAAGCAAGGAAGAUGGUGGAGCAAAUUGAAGAUGAUUUGGAGCUGGAAAGGCAACUCAAGAUUCUAAAUGUGCCUUCUCUCAAGACCAUUAGAACAAAAGAGGGUGAUAUCUUUGAUUGUAUUGAUUUCUAUAAGCAACCUGCUUUGGCAAAUCCAUUGCUUAAAGACCACAAAAUCCAGAUGAAACCUAGUUUUAUUCCGAAAGGAAAAACAAACAAAACUUCAUCAGCAACUAAACCUUUCCAAAUUAUUUUUAAGCACGAAGAAGAAUGUCCCCAAGGAACAGUUCCCAUUCGAAGGACUUCAAAAGAAGAUCUUUUACGGGCUAGAGCUUUAUCAAGAGAAUUCACUACCAAUAUCAGUCAAAGCAAGAGGCACUUCACUGGACAAUAUGUAAGCAAUCCCCAACUUAUGAUAUGGAUAAUUCAUAUUGUGGAUGUUAAUGAUGAGGAGCGGCGUGGAAUAGUUCAUGGAGCUUCUGCAAAAAUCAAUGUAUACAAUCCAACUGUAGAACCUUCUCAGUUUACGAAUGCUCAAAUCUGGAUUAAUGGUGGUCCAAAUGAAAACCCUAAUUAUAUAAUGGCUGGAUGGACGGUUAAUCCAGGCUUAUAUGGUGAUCACCGUACUCGGUUAUUUACAUUUUGGACGGGUGACAAUUAUCAGAAUGGGUGCUACAAUACUCUUUGCACAGGUUUUGUACAAGUUGAUAGAUCAAUUACUCCAAGUAUGAUUCUAGAUAAAAUUUCUACAGUUGGUGGACAUCAAAUUGUGGUCAAGGUCUUCGUUCAUCAGGAUCGCGAGACUGGGAACUGGUGGUUGUUAGCCUUCGAAGAUGAUAUAAAUAUUGGUUAUUGGCCAAAGUCGUUAUUUACUUAUUUAGCUGAUGGUGCUAAAAGUGUUUCUUGGGGAGGACUUGCAAAGGCUGGCUCUAAUGGAGUUAGUCCUCCAAUGGGAAGUGGGUAUUUUCCCAAUAAUCCAAAUGCAAGUUUUUUCCAACACUUAGAGUUAGUGAAUGUGGAUUAUCAGAUCGACCAUCCUCAUGUAUUGGAAUCUAAGAUAAGUACGCGUGUUGAUGCAAAGAAUUGUUAUGGCAUACGGUAUGACCUUUUUAAACCUGAAACAGGAGCUACUUUGGUAUUUGGAGGACCUGGUGGUAGUAAAUGUGGCUAA